GUUUGCGACAUACCGGGAGAAAUACGAACAGAUGCUUGCCCUGGGGCAUAAGGUUUAUGGGUGCCACAUUGUGCCAAUAAAGAAAGGUAUUGAUUUCGAGCAUGUCGAGUUUGUGUCGAAUGACCGAGUUGAAUCUUCUGCGAAGGGAGUACGUGUUCCCAGACUCAAGUAUAAAGGGUAUUAUUGGGCAUGGCAUUAUCAGCAGUAUUGCCAAGAGCACAGUAAGGUGACAGUCAGAUGCCGAGCAAAGCUUAGAAAAGAGUUGAUGGAGAAGUGGUAUGCAAUGAGCAAAGAGGAGCAAAAUGUAUGGCAGCAAAAGUAUAUCGACUUGGCGAUCUCGGGCUAUGACGUUGUUAAGGACGAAAUUGUAUAUAUUAAAGAUAACAACGCACAAGAGUAAUUGAUAUACGCCUGUGAAAAAUAAAUUCUGUCUGUCUGUCUGUUUUUUGUUUGCCAGGUUGGGUUUUAACCCCGGAAGAACAUAUGCGAAAUUUUUCCAUUUUUCCCCCGCAAAAAAUCCGAGGCUAAAUAGAAACAACAAAAAAAAAAAUAGAAAAAAACCCCCCAACGAAUAAAAAUCGUACAUUUUCUUUUCUUGAAAGUAAGUAAAGUAAUACAAAUAUGGUUGCCGAUACUCUUGUUUACCACCCUACCCUUACCAAGUUAGCCAAGUUCUUGGACAGCACCCCACAAAGGGAAAAAACCCUUAGAUUGUUUGCCUAUCUCCUGAGAUUCCUCGGAUACUAUGCUUAUCGUAAAGGAUACUCGCGGGAUACGGUGGAAAUGUACAACAGUCUCAAGACGCAGUUGUCGUUCAUUCGUAAGGCAUUGAGAUUCUUCAAGCCAGUAAAGCACGUCCAAACCGCAGCUCAAGCGUAUGAUAACAAGUUGUUGGACCCAAUAUUACAGUUGACUACUGUGGUGAGAAACUUGGCUCUUGCUGGUUACUUGACUUUGGACGGGGUUGUGUUUUUCAAGAUGUUGGGUAUAAUCGACAAGAAGAAGUAUCCUACAGUUGCUAGAACCAGUGCCAAGUUCUGGUUGUUGAGUUUAAUUGCUGGUGUUGCGCACUCGCUUCGUAUCAUCUACUCGUUGAACAGAAACACUGAGGAAAAGACCGCGGUUGAAUCCACUUCGCUCAACAACAAGCUCUGUGCUGCUAAACGUAAGUUGGUGUGGGACUUGUUGGAUAUGUUUAUUGCUUCCAACUUGUUGGGUAUUUUACAUUUCACCGAGGGUGACGUUGGUUUAGCUGGGGUUAUUACUUCGGUUAUGGGCUUACGUGACAUGUGGAACGAUCAGAAGUAAUAGUGUAUUCUGUACAAUAUGUAUACAUACGCAUAUACAUAUAUAUAUAUUGAUUUUAUUUAUUGUCGUUUGUUAGUUCGUAUCCUGUAGUUACACCAAGCCAGUAGUAUUUCAUUACGAGUUCUUUGAGUUCUUGUGAUAGGACUGCGCUGUUGGGCUGGGACUCUAUGAGGUUGCUUAAUGUGGGUAUGUCCUGGGAUAGGUUGAACUGGAUUGGAUUUUUUCUUACUUGAUCAAGCGGCAAACCAUUAGCUUUGGCGUAUGACUCGUGAAGCUGAUGCCAUUUGCUUUGAAUUGUGUGUUCAAGUGGCAUCACCGUUCUGGUCCAGCCUUGUUGACCAAAGUUGCGC